CUUUUUUAAAUUGAAGGCUGACCUGAGGUUUAUUUUUCAGCUUCAUUAAGGACCAAACUUUGGAGUUUGAUUUGUUACAUUGUGAGACUGUGGUAAGAACAAAAUUUUAGACUAACGAAUGUAAGUAGAGUGUAAAGUAUUGGCCAACAUCUCAUAAAGAUCCAAAUGGAACUGAACCAUUCCCUAUAUUGAGACUAAAAUUAAUUUAAAAAAUGUAUACACUUUGCGCGUAGGUGACACAUGGGUAGGUUUCACUUUAAUACCUCCGACGUGGAGUUGUCCUCAAUUACUGGGGUAAAGUGUACUUUGUCUUCCUGAAGAUAAACUGCAACUUCUGUUGUCGUUAAACACUGAUAAGUAUUUCCAGACCAAAAGGUUAGCAUCAUUGACUUUGACUUGACUCUUCAGGUCAGUCCAUCUGCCUCACUGGGCUCCGGUCUGUGGAUAUCACACUGAUAAAUAAUUAAUCUUAAUAUCUGACAGAAUCUAACUCCUCCCAGAUCUGAAUAAAGUCUUUAAUACGUAGUGAGAGAAGACGCUGAUCAGCAGAGAAAUAGUUCUUUUGACUUUGACACACAACAUGAAGACUCUUCAGGAGAAGAUCGCUGUUCUCUCAGUUUUACUCGCUUUACUGUGUACUGUUCAGGUUAGUUCGAUGCCUGUGCCUGAAGACUGGAACGGUUUGAUCCAUAGAACCAAACGUUCACUGUUGUGGCGCUGGAACAGCAUGAAGCCCAUUGGUUCCAGCUGUAGAGAACACUCAGAGUGUGGCACCCAGUACUGCAGGAAAAAUACAUGUUCUUUCUGGCUUUACACCUAAACAAGAAACACAAACUCAACUCCCACUCUAAGGAAACCUGUUUGCACAACCUGCUUCCGUCAUUAUGAAAUGGACCUAAGAUACCUGUUAGAAAAUAAAAUCUGGCAAUAUAUAAGAGAUGAUAUUCUGGCUUGAUUUCUAAAGACAUGUUGCACAAUUUACAAGUUUCCUACAAGACCCUGCAGCAAAACAAGGUUGUAAAAGAAAGAAUAUAAAGUGUUGCUGUCAAUUUAGUUCUUGUUCUUUACUAUUUCCAAAAACACACUAUUUCUAUGUAUUUGAACUUGUUUCUUUAAUGGGAAAAUAUAUUCUUACCCCCAGUUUACUUUUCAUGUUAUUGUCAUGUAUUUAUUUAUACAUUAUUGUA